AUGAUUAUUCUUUUAUUAGAUAGUUUUUAUCAAACCUCAAACGCUAGUAGUUCUACCACUGCCAUUGAUCCAGUUGAUCAUGAAGGUGUAUUAAGCCCAGAUGAUCCCAAGUGGAAAGGUUAUUGGUUAGACGUAUACGGCGGCCAAUUGAAAAACGUACAAUGGUUUUCUGUAGCAGGAAACCAUGAUUGGUAUGCUAAUGUCACCGCUGAAGUUGACUAUUUUGGGGAUGAUGAUUCCAGAUUCUUUUUACCCUCUCUUAUUACGUUAGAAAAGUUACUUUUGGUAAUAAUGUUAAGGCCGUUAAAUGGAACUCUUAAAGAUUUUAAUUUAUAUACUAAUGAUCAAAUUACUGCUAGACUUGAUUGGCUUGAUCAGCAAUUGCAAGAUAAUCAGGAUGCUGAUUGGCUUUUUGUUGUUGGUCAUCACCCACUUGUUGGUGAUUGUGGUCUUAAAAAUACUGCUAAAUAUUAUUUAAUGUAUUUAAUUCCUCCUGUUUUGGCAAAAAAUAAUGCAUCGGGUUAUUUCAACGGUCAUGCCCAUGAACUUUCUUAUAUGGCUCCUAGUUCAUCUUCUAGUGUCGCUUAUUUCGGUUCAGGUGAUGGUGGUGCUACUCUUGGUUCUGGUUGUACUCAUCCUACUUGGUCUGCUCCUUUUACUUUUGGUUUCUUGUCCAUUACUAUUUCUGCUGAUGGUAAAACUUUAUCUUUCGAGUUUGUUAAAGCAAACUCUACUGAUACUGAUCCUGAG